CUGAGAACUCACGCUCAAAAAAAAAAAAGAGAAACCCACGCAGAAAAAAAAAAAAAAAAAAAAAAGAGAGAAACCCAUCUUCGUCGACGCCAUCUCCGACGACAUUGAAGCUGUCGCCGUCGAGGCCUAUUACGACGACGUUGAAGCCGUCGCCGUCGAGGCCUAUUACGACGACCUUGAAGCCAUCGCCGUCGAGGUCUCACGCUCAAAAAAAAAAGAGAGAAACCCACGCUAGAAAAAAAAAAAAAAGAGAGAAACCCAUCUUCGUCGACGCCAUCUCCGACGACGUUGAAGCCGUCGCCAUCGAGGCCUAUUACGACGACGUUGAAGCCGUCGCCGUCGAGGCCUAUUACGACGACGUUGAAGCCGUCGCCGUCGAGGCCUAUUACGACGACGUUGAAGCCGUCGUCGUUGAAGCCGUUGCCGUUGAAGCCGUCGCCGUUGAAGCCGUUGCCAUUGAAGCCAUCGCCGUCGCUGUUGCUGUUGAAGCCGUCGCCGUCGCCGUUGCCGUUGCCGUUGCCGUUGCCAUUCGCGACGACCGGCUAAAUUCACAUUGUUUGCAAUAACUUCGGAUUUUUUCUGAAAGUUGUAAGCUUAGCUUGAGCAAAUCAAACAUGGAUAAAAGUUGGAUGACAAUGGGUAAGACACCCGAUGGCAGAUUAAGUCAUCCAUAUAUUGAAGGGGUGAAUGCAUUUAUUAAUUCUGCAAGAGCGGUUGUGGACUUGAGUGGUAAUAUUCCGUGUCCGUGUAUUCACUGUGUGAAUUGCUAUUGACAAUCUCCUUAAAUUGUGCGUAUCCAUUUGCUUCAUCGUGGAAUUAUGCAAUCUUAUAUUAAUUGGUAUAAUCAUGGAGAACCUCGUGUAUUGAACGAGAACAUUCAUGAUAAUGAAAUGUCGGAUGGUAAUCAUAUGGAUGGUAUCGAUGCCUUGGUAGAUGACCGAAUUAGAGGGGAACCAAGAAAUGCAACCGAAGAUGAGGAGGUGCGUCAUUUUGACAAACUUGAGGAAGAUGCAAAACGUGAGUUGUAUCCGGGUUGCACUGAUUAUAGUAUCUUGAAGUUUGUUAUUGAGAUGUUGAAUGUAAAAGUAAUGACCAACUUGAGUAAUAAGGGAUUUGAUAUGAUGCUAGAAUUGCUGACAAAGGUUUUACCGAAAGGUAACUUGGUUCCAAGGUCAACUUAUGAAGCAAAGAAGAUAUUACGUGACUUGGGUAUGUCAUACGAGCAUAUAGAUGCAUGCAAAAAUGAUUGUGCAUUAUUUUGGAAGGAAAAUGAAAAUCUUGAUAAAUGUCCGGUGUGUGAGGUGCCUAGGUACAAAGAUACACGUACCCAAGGUAAGAAGAUUCCUCAUAAAGUAUUGCUUUACUUUCCGUUGACACCGAGAUUGAGGAGAUUGUACAUGUCAAGCCAAAGAGCUAAGGACAUGAGAUGGUAUAUAGACAAACGUGUGGACGAUGGGAUAAUGAGGCAUCCGGCUGAUAGUGAGGAGUGGAAGGAAUUUGAUUUGCAACAUCCUGAUUUUGCCCUCGAACCUCGCAAUGUAAGGUUAGGGUUGGCUACAGAUGGAUUUAAUCCUUUUGGGAAUAUGAACAAUAAUUAUAGUAUGUGGCCUGUCAUACUUAUCCCCUAUAAUUUACCACCUUGGUUGGUUAUGAAGGAGCCAUAUUUUAUGUUGUCCUUGCUUAUUCCCGGUCCCCAUCAACCGGGGAAUGAUAUUGAUAUUUACUUGAAACCAUUGGUUGAUGAGUUGAAGGAGUUGUGGGAAGAAGGUGUAGAAACUUAUGAUGCUUAUAGUAAAGAGCAUUUUCAGAUGCGUGCAACUUUGUUGUGGACAAUACAUGACUAUCCUGGAUUUGGUAACGUAUCCGGGUGGAGGACAAAGGGUUAUCAUUCUUGUUACGGUUCAAUCUACGGAAACACCUCUUGAAGCAAAUCCUCCCGUCCAAAGUUCUUCUAGUGGAGAGGCUACCGACACAUUAACUAGCACGACUGGAUCUACUAGCAGAAAUACCCGUGGAACAACACGUGGUGUAGCAGUACGGGCACUUGUUGAAAAAAGUGGUAAACUGCCAGUACGUAUAGCUGCAGAGUAUGAUGCUCCUGUUGGGAAGAAUGCGUGCAAGCUUGUCAAUCAAAUUGGUGUACAAGUACGAAGUAAUUUGUCAAGUUAUAACGUAAAAAAUUGGAAAAGUGUUGAUGCUGCUACUAAAGAUGUGGUGCUUCAAAGUAUCGAGGAUCAGUUUGAGCUAGAAGGUGAUUCCAACUUAGUAACGAAAGCAAUAAAUACAAAAUGUGGAAGAUUAUUGAGUAGCGGCUCUAACAAGUUGUAUCAGACUUAUAAAAAGCUCGUACAAUCUCAUGGUGCUGACUAUGCAAAAACCCAUCCGCCAAAGAAUGCCACACUUGCGCAGUGGACUGGACUCAUUGAAGGGAGAUGGACCAAUAAGGAUUGGCUGGAAAAAUCAAGAAUUAACUCUGAAAAUAGGAGCAAAACUUCAGGCAAACAUAGAUGCGGGACAAAGGCACUUGCUGUUAGGGUUGAUGAGGAGACAAAUAAUAAUGACGGUCAAGUUCCUGAAUUGGCAAAAAUCUACAAAGAUGUUCAUUUCAAUCCAAAUACAAAUAGGUGGAUACAGCCUGAGGAUGAAGCGACAUAUGAAACUAUUCUUAAAGUGCAAGAGGAUCAUUGUCAAGAUCCUAAUGCAAUUCCCCUUACACAAGAGGAGAUCUCAAAUUUGGUUUUUAAGAAGAAAUCCGGUAUUGUAAAAGGACUUGGCAUGAGACCUUCCUCUUCUCUAGUAACCACUGCCUCAUCUAAUUCCUCGGUGGAGUAUAUUCAUCGGUUAGAAAGUGAGAUAAUUGAGCUCAAAGAGGCAAGAGCCAGGGACGAAGAGGAGCGAGCUAAGGAGCAAGAGGCACGAGCUAAGCAAGAUGAGGUCCAAAACAAUAUUCUUAAUUUUUUGAGGAGCAAGGGUUAUGAUGAUGCUUUUACUUAUGGAGGUGGUUCAUCUUCAAGCUAAAUCACUUAUUGAUUUCUUAUUGGUGGAUUUAGGGGAUUUCCUUUAGGCAUUAUUUGAAGACAUAUGAGGACAUCUUCCGUUAGUUCUAAGUAUAUUGUGCCACAUUUUUUGUAUUGUUAUAAAACAUCUUAAGUUAUUGUAUGUGUUGCAAACAAUUAUUGUAUGUGUUGCAAACACUUAUUGUAUGGAAGGAGUUUGAAUUGGAUACUUACUUUAAUUUUAA